GAGCAGUUUUAAUGUUAAAGCUGGAAAGCAUUGUUUUUAUUUCUGAUAACUUGCUAAUAUUGAAUCUGUAUAGCCACCUCAUUCUGUGUGCAGCCAUAAAUGCCUACCUGGAUUCUACAAGAUGCCUUUGAAGGACAACCCCAAAUGUUGCUUUGAGUGUACUGAAUGCCCUAAAGGAGCCAUAUCCAACCAGUCAGGUAUGGAUUUCUGUAUGAAGUGCAAAAAGGACUUUUAUCCAAAUAAAGCAAGAAAUAAGUGUAUACUCAAAAGCAUCACUUUUCUAUCCUACACAGAACCUUUGGGAAUUGUUUCUGCUUCUGUUGCUCUGUUUUUCUCCCUCCUUUCUGCCCUGGUACUUGCAAUGUUCAUUAAGCACAGAGAAUCUGCCAUAGUCAAAGCCAACAAUCGACAUCUCAGCUAUAUCCUUCUUUCUUCCCUCAUGCUCUGUUUCCUCUGUCCUUUGCUCUUCAUUGGACGACCAAGGAAAAUAACCUGCAUUUUCCGGCAGACUGCCUUUGGGAUCAUUUUCUCUGUCUCUCUUGCUGCCGUCUUGGCCAAAACCAUCACCGUGGUUCUGGCCUUCAAGGCCACAAAGCCAGGCAGCGGUACACGAAAAUGGCUGAGACCUAGACUUUCAUACUUCUUUGUGAUAGUCUGUUCUCUCAUUCAGGGUGUGAUUUGCAUAGUCUGGUUGGGAACCUCCCCUCCAUUCCCAGAUGCUGAUUUCUACUCAGAGCCCGGACACAUUAUUCUGGAGUGCAAUGAAGGCUCACCCAUUGCUUUCUAUUCUAUUCUGGGCUACAUGGGUCUCUUGGCUUUGGUGAGCUUCAUUGUGGCUUUCCUUGCCAGGAAGCUGCCCGACAUCUUCAAUGAAGCCAAGUUCAUCACUUUCAGCAUGUUGGUUUUCUGCACUGUCUGGAUAGCCUUCAUCCCAACUUACCUCAGCACCAAGGGGAAAUAUAUGGUGUCUGUGGAGAUAUUCUCUAUUUUGACCUCUGGAGCUGGGUUGCUUGGCUGCAUCUUUCUACCUAAGUGUUAUGUUCUUCUACUGCAUCUAGAUAAGAAACAAAAAGUGCACAUAACCAGCAAAUAUUUCCACCGAUAA